AUGUCACCCCAUAGUUUUAUGGCUUCUGAAUUAGCUUUAUAUUCAUUCAUUCAUUCGUAUAGGAAGAGUUUUGAACAGAAAAACGAAGACGAUUCAAUCAGAUCGCCUGUAAAUAAUGAUAAAAAAGACGAUACAGGAAGCAAACAAGUCACAUCACAUAAAACGGUUAAAUUUGGACCUAUCGAAGAGUGUCAUUAUCAAGGCAAGAAAAAAAUAACAACAAAGAUACUGACGAAUGAAAAUUAUUCAGAGACGACAACAACGCCAUCGAUAGCUGAUAAUACUUCUACAAAUUUAGAUAUCUCCGAAAAUUCUAAUUCUACACAGAACAGUCCAGUCAACCCAGAGGUAAUCGUUAAAUCAAAUGAAGAUCCGGAUGAGAAGAAGGAAAUUCUACUGACCAAGUCAACCUCAUUUCCUAAUCAACUGGUUCAGCAUACAUUCACGGAUCAAAAUAGAUCAUCGUCAUCGUCAGCAUUAAGCGAUCAAUGUUCAGACGAUCAAUAUUGUUGUCAUUAUUAUUAUUACUGCAAUGAUCAUCAUCAAAAUUAUGACCAAUUUCCUCCAUUAUCAGCUACUGUUCUACUGGCCAUUCCUGAAAUUGGUGAAAAUGACUACUAUGCCGAUUCACCACAAUGUCUGACUGUGAAAGAAUUGAAAGAAUUAGGUGUAUACACUAGUGAAGAAGACGAUGAUGAUGAAGAAGGAGAUGAAGACGGUGUCGAUGGUGUCGACGGCGACAACAACAAUGAUGAUGAUGAUGAAGAUGUUGGCGGUAAAAGUAAGGAAGUGUUGCAAAGCAUUAGAGAACAAAGAGAGUAUAGAUUAGACAGCAAUGAAAGAAUAAGUAGUUCUAGUCCCACGUAUAUUCAUGGAACAGAUAUCGUUGUUGUUUCGCAUACACCAUCAACGACAUCAGAAUUCAAUGAAAUUCAUGCCUCACAUCAUCAUCAUCAUCAUCAUGAAGAAGUUAUGAUCUAGCAGUCAACUCCAUCAUUGGUUGUUUUCCUUUUUUUUAGAAAUUCUCCGAGCACAUCACAUAUUCUACUAGAUUGUAUGUAAUAUAUAUAUUUUGAAGCAUUAUAUUCUUUCUUACUACUUUGCAGCAGCAAAUUAAGUAGUUUGGUAUUGUAUUCAGUAAAAAAAAUAAUAAAUCACUCAUUAUUUCUUUCUUUUGUAUAAUAAAAGAUGAUUUAUAAAUAAAUUCGUUUUCGAA